GUUGAUUCAUUACUUCUGUAUUCACUCUCAAAUGUAGCUGUUCUUGAAAUAGGGUCGAAAUUGAACUGUUACUGUGUGAAGGAAUAGGAUGGGGCUGGAAGCUUGGCCCUGCGUGAAGGAGGGUUUACCCUUCGUACUGAUGUUGAUGAUGGAGUUUGGCGAUGUGUGCACCACCACUCUAGGCAAGGCAGCAAUGAGUUCUGGGAUGAGCAAAUGGGUGUUCGUUGUUUACUACAAUGCUCUUGGCACCCUAAUUCUUCUUCUCUUUUUCGUCCUUCACAGGCACAGGAGCAAGCAGCCUCCAAUUACUUUCUCCCUUCUGUGCAGAUUCUGCAUCCUUGCUCUAUUUGGGAUUUGUUUUGUGCAGAUCGGCGGAUACGCGGCGAUCGACUAUAGCUCUCCGACCCUGGCAGCGGCCAUGGCUAACCUUGUACCAGCUUUUACAUUCUUGCUUGCCGUCUCUUUCAGGAUGGAGAAAUUCGAGUUGAGAAAAACAAGCAGCCAAGCAAAAGCCUUUGGAGCCAUUGUAGCAAUAUCAGGAGCUUUUAUAAUGAUCUUUUAUAAAGGUCCAUCACUUCUGAUGGCCGCCGCAUCUUCUAAUUUACCUCAUCUGCUUUCUCUGUCACGACAAUCAAAAUGGAUCAUUGGUGGGUUCUUGCUUGGAUUCUGUGGCCUGGUGUACUCAACGUGGAACAUUCUUCUGACAGCAACGGUUAAAGACUACCCGGACAAGGUGACGGUAAUCUUUUUUCAAUGCUUCUUUGGCACAAUCCAGUGUGCAAUUUUCUCCAUCAUUGCUGAAAGAAAUCCAAGUUCUUGGACACUGCAACCUGGCUUGGAGACGACUGCUGUUGUGUUUGCAGCAGUAUUUUCAACUGUGUUCCGAAGCAGUGUUCUGACAUGGUGCCUGGACAAGAAAGGUCCUGUUUAUGUAGCCAUGUUCAAGCCCACACAGAUGGUUAUUGCGCAGUUCCUGGGGAUCAUCUUCCUCGGCGACACACUUCAUCUUGGCAGUGUUAUGGGAGGAACCAUAAUUGCUGCUGGAUUCUACACAGUGUCCUGGGGAAAAGCCAAAGAGGAGGAGAUGGUUGGCAGUGCAUGUACAUUGGAAUCGUCCCCUGAAAACACCCCUCUCCUCCAAGAUGGUGCUGCACAAGAGAGACAGGACUAAAGCUAAGGGCUCCGGUGCCAGUGAGCUUAAGUGUAAGGGGUAAAGGAGACAAUAUGAAAUUCGCUGAUUACACAUAUAUGAACUAGUCUUUUUCAUCUGGGUUUAGAACCCACUGUAAAUAGGAACAAUUUAAAUACUAAUAUGUUAAACAAUGGAAACCCACCAAAGGUUUGAUGACGA